GUAAAUUGAAAACAGUUGUCAACAUGAUCCAGUAACAGAAGCGCACCUUUCAUGCAUGGCCGUAACGAAGGCUUUCUGCCUUUCGUUUCUGCUGCAGUGCAGUGUAAACGUGAUGGCCAACGAUGAUGCACCAGAUGCUUACCUUUGUCAGGGGUGCUCUUGGUGAGGAGGCGACGACGUUUUGGGCUUAGACUAGAAAUUCCAGUGACGUGAAACGUCUGCUCAGGACGAGCAGCGAGGCAAUUCGGGCGAACGACGAGAUAGAGAGACAAACGUUUAUUUCCUCAGGAAGCAACUAAAGGAACUAUACCUAGUGUACUAGGCAAUUACUAGUACUACUACUCCGAGGACAACAAAAACCGAAAAUUAUCAUGGGUCAGACUUUUUCCCGUCUCGAACAGGCGUUGUUCGAAGAAAGCCCUCCCUUUGCGGAGACUCUGACUGCACUACGCGGCUCCGAAACAUGCGUCCACUACACAGACGACAGGCUGAAGAAUCUGAAGCUGAAGUUACGGCUCCAAGAAAUCCAUCUUUGCCAGUAUCUUGGGGCUGUUUCUUAAGGGAAAACGGGCACAAGGAUGCUCCAGCACAGGAUGAAUUUCUCCUCGCUCUAAUAUAGGCGCGCCUGAAGAAGCUCGAAGCUGGAGGUGGAUUACGAAGGGAUGAAAUAUUUGCUUUUUUAGAAUGCUCAGACACAGUUGGGAUAAUGAUAGAUUUCACUGCAGUUCUGCUUCUGUGUACAACUAAGGGAGGUUGUACAGCAAAGAGAUACCACCAAUAAACAUUGUUCGUCGGCUUGACGCACACCAGCUCUAAGGGUUGGAGGUACAAACAGCUUGGAUGGGAGCACGACAUUGCAGCCAUUGUUCGGAGCUGAGGCGCCGAACAUCAAUGCCGGUGCUGUCUCGUUGGAAUUAAGGCUGAGCGGCGAUGUCAAGCACUCGUAUUUACCAACAGCCAACUUCUACCCUGUGUUACAAAUACAUAGAAAUAUUGGAGACCAUGGUCCAACACGUUUUUGUCCGAGGUUCUUAAGGCCUCCCCAAUGUCCUCCAUGUCCAUCUCUAACGAACCGCGAAUUCAAUUGGCAGGAGAAGGUUUUUGGUGCUCAUGAGGUGCAGGCAGUGAGAGAAAACUACCCAGCGAAUCACGUGAGCCAUCACCGAAAGAAUUUGUGUCUUUCCGCUGACAAUUUGAGAAAAAUAGAAGAUGGAAUCGCCAGUGGACAACUGCAGACUGGGCCUCAGCUAUUCACUAAGGUCUCUGCUGACGGUUUUCCUAACGUCCGGACCCAGAUCUUGGAGGAGCACAAACUGUUGGAUUUGCUGUUCAAAUUAAGAGCUGAGAUGAAUGGGACGAUAGAUUAUGCAGUACCAGAAUACUACUAACAGUACCAGAAUAACUGUACCACUACCAGAAAGAAUAGCACUACUACCAGAACACUACUUUCUUGAGAAUAAACAUGAAAAGUCAUAGUUCACCUCAAGAGGAAGCCCUUUCAUCACGACUGUUUACAUGGAAUGAAUGCGGUAUCCUGUUCGUUUUUCAUGAAAUAGUAGGGCGUGAGCAGGUGCUCCGUAUACAUAACGCGAGUUGACUCAGUUGUGAUGGAAAAGCUCUCGCCAGGAAAUGAAUUUGGAUAAAAGUUGAUAAAACUGAAUUUUUUUGGAUUUACGAAGGAUCUUGAAACUUCAAACUUUCGAAAUUAUGUGGGGGAACAGUUGUCGUCAGGAAAUGAAUUUGAUAAAAGUUGAUAAAACUGAAACUUCUUGGAUCCAAGAAGGGGUUUUAAACUUCAGAUUUUGUGGGUAAACAGUUGUCGCCAGGAAAUGAAUUCGGAUAAAAGUUGAUAUAACUGAAAUUUCUUAGAUUCAAGUUUGAUCGUUCUUGAAUUUUGAGAUUUGAAACAAAUUUGUGAAACUUUAGAGUUUGGGGUAGCAUAGAUUCAAACUCUAGAAGAUUUAAAUCUUACGAGAUUCAAACUCUAGGAGAUUUAAACUCUAGAAGAUUCAAAGUCUAGAAGAUUCAAAGUCUAGAAGAUUCAAAGUCUAGAAGAUUCAAAAUCUAGAAGAUUCAAACUCUAGAAGAUUCAAAGUCUAGAAGAUUCAAACUCUAGAAGAUUGAAACUCUAGAAGAUUCAAACUCUAGAAGAUUCAAACUCUAGAAGAUUCAAACCCCAGAAGAUUCAAACCCCAGAAGAUUCAAACUUUAGAUUUAGAAGACUCAAACUCUCAAAGAUUCCAACAUUCACAAACUUCAUCUUUAUUGGCUGAAUCAAUCAGCACACUCCCAGUAUCAAUUUGUCUACUCUUGAGAAACUACGUACCUAGGGCGUCACAACUAGGACGAUUCUAUGGAUGCGAAUGUGGCAGCUCUAAUACACAGCCGCAAUAUGCCAGAAAACAAGAAUUAUGGGUACUAUCUAGUGGUAGUUGGUUUUCAAGAUGUGGUAUGUAACCGUUGCUGUGCUACUCAUUGCGAAAUAUUAGCUCGGGCAUUUCGUUCCGUUCGCAGUACAUCACUGAAGAGAAGUUGUUGUGACUGAACAGCCUACUUCAUUUUGAUUAUAGUACUCUUGAAAGACCUGCUGUCAUCUGCAUCUAAGAUUCGCUUCCGAAAAUUCUUGGUUCAGCAUUGGGUUACCAGCAGCCUAUAAGCAUGCAUAUCAUGGCAGCACUGGAGGAGGGAGAGAAAAAAUACGAAGUAGAGCUGGCCUGUGUCUCAGCCCUUGAAAGUGGAGCAUUGGAGAUAACGCCAAGACUGUGUAUCGUUCUAUAAGUCUAAAUUGCCUCAGUCUAUUCUUGUUUGGUCGUCUGCUUGUUAUUCUUUUUGGCUCCUCAGUAGCCACUGAAGUCUGCUGGUUUAUCUAGUGGACCAACACCUAACCUAACCUUUGUUGAUGAUGGUGAAUCAGACUGUUAUCAUUACUUCUGCAGCAGGAACCUGGAAUUCAUGGUAUUGGUAUACCUUUGAUGUAAGUACUACUCUAGCUGGAAUUGCAUUUUGUUUGUUGUCUUCCUUGCAAAUUGGCGACUCUUCUCUUAAUGGUAAUGCAGACAAUGCCUUUUCCUUACCCAAGAAAACGAAUCCUCAUCCAAUCUUUACCUCCAGACAGCGAAGGAGCAUCUAGCUCGGAAAAGGGGAAGAAACCACAACCAGAGUCGGGAGUACAGCCAGCAUCACCGGAUGGGUCCAUCCUGUUCAGUCUGCCAGGCGGAGCCAAGUACGAAUUCACGCUUUCAUUAGCGGGAAAGCCCGUGACAAGCGAGGAUAAGAAGAAAGCUCUAGCGAGAAUACGAGAGUUGGAUCUGAAAGUAGUCUUUUUCAGAAUGACUUUCCAGUUUCUUCCUGCAUGAAAAAUGAAUGGAUUCAUAACUACACGUCGUGGUCAUCAUAGAGUCCCGGUACGGGAGCAUCAAUUUGAUCUGUCUUACAUGACGGUUUUGUUCUGUUACGAAGUUGGGACAGUAAUAUACCCUUUGAUUCACUUCCUCCCUCAUUCACCACAGGCAGUAUCCCUUCGCCGCAACCUCGCUGGGCACGGCUUCGACGGGUUCAAAAUCGAGGAUAAUGAGUCUGAAGUUUUCUCGGUAUUCGCUGAAAUACUGUCCUAUGAACCGAAAAAGGCGCAUCCGAAUGAAGAUUAUGUCAUACGAGAAGUAAACGCAGCCUCUGUGCCUCCAGAUGUGGACCUGUGGGAAGAGAGAUGUCUCUUGAAAAUUAAGGCUGUGAAUGUAGACUUCUUCGUUCGUCUUUGCCUUGGAUUUUUGGCAAAGAACCCCAGACUAGCGAGAACGUGGAAAUAGUUACAGAAUGACGCGUGGAAUACCUCUAAAAACCGCUGCCAAAAGGGAUCAACAGGCGCAUUUUCCAGAUCGAUGGAGAGCUACUAUGUCAUGUACUUUCUGAUGUAUGCUCGGAUUCAAAAUUAUACCUGCAAUAGAACUAGUAGGCUAGUAGUGCAGAUUAGCCCUAUGACGAGGACAUUGAAGAAUUUGUCAUCUUCAACUCCUACCUCUUCUCUCCUACGACAGGCAAUCUUCUCUCUACACAACAAUCAAUGCCUCACAGCCACUGAUAUCUUCCUCCUUUCUCCGUCCAGGUACGAAUUUCAGGAGUCGAAUUUGUUUAAGUUCAAGUACCGUUCGGAAGAAGCUUUGGGCCACGGAGAGCACGCUGGAAAACGAGCUUGUACCUUGUGGAGCUCUGUUGGGUCGACGGAAACAGCGGCGAUAUUUAAUCAUGGUAAUGUUUACUUCUUUUAGCACAGCCACAGCUACUCAUCUCGAAAUCUCGAUUCUAGUAGUGUUAUCGGUAGUUUUCGUACUUAGCCUUGGACGUCGACGUCCUUAGAAAUGAAUCCUAUUCUCCCAAAAUUUCCAUCCCAACUAGGUCUCGAAUGUCAUUUUGGACGACAGCAUCAUGAUCCGAAUAAGCCGCAGACGCCAGUACCUCCGCGAUUGUUGUUGCAGGUCUACAAAAAAGACUUCUGGGAAAGACACAUCUUUCUUUAUGGCAAGGGAUGCUUUUCUCUAGCGUGUAAUCGAGAGUAGUUCGUAAAAAUUUUUUCUAGUUGUAAUCUGCAGCCCGGUAGUCUUCCCUUCGUCCGGCGAACACCUGCAAGUACCAGUACUAUAAUUCUUCAAAAAAUCUUCCUCGACAAUCCAGUAAAAAUAGUAAAGUCCCUACAUUUUUUUCGCUCCCGAAAAGGGUUCACAUGAUGAUCUAUUGAUUCUUGAAAAACGAGUUUCUUGAGUGCUCGUCAAGUCUUUCCCUUCAUGCUUUCGGCUACAGCUAUGUGGACAUCCCGAACGAGGCGGGCGAGUACGACGUGAGUGCGCGAAUGUGGGCGCCCUGUGGCACGAUUCGCGAGCAGCUGUUAAGACCUUGUUUGAUCUUUAUAUACCCUUACGUUCUUCACAUCAGUGGCAUUAGCAUGAUGGAACUCAUCUACAUGAUCCCGUUCAUAAGUAUUUGAAGGGAACCGAACAAAAACUUCUUUUGUUAGAAGGUACUUCUAGCUUAACCUCAAAUACUACGCAGACACACGUAGUUCUUGCGUGACACAUCAACGGAUUCAUAUGGACGUCACCGUACAGCCUAGUGAGCUCUAAAAUCUACCAACAAGUACUGUGGCGCUGCCCCAACAUUGCUGUCACCGCAGUAUAUUGCAGGCACCGACUGCGAAGGAGAGAAUCCGCGAAAUAGGAGUUGCCUAAAGACGCUGACGAUGGACGGGAAUGUGAGGAUACUCUUAUGGGAAUGUGAGGACACUCUUCAUUCAAGAUGUAUCUGCUCAUAAUUGUCUUCAUUCUUCUAAUUCCGUUGAGUGUCGUUCGGCAAGUGCCACCUCGUGAGAGUCGUUUUAUGGCGCGACGUAGGGCUUCGCCAUAUGGACCGGGUCGGCGAAGUGAGGGCGCGCCAAGCAGGUCCAGUGGGGCCAGAAGACGGACGCGACCUGGCGCCGACGCGGCUGCGGCGGGAUGAAGACUAGUCUGGGAGCUAUCGAUGUUUGUUAUAUUAGACAGAUGUACUACUUCUACUGGGUUCAAAAAUUGAUAAAGCAAUGUUGAUUCUGAGUUCCGUCCACCGUGAAAAUCCACCUUUUUCAAUGAUUCCUUGUUGUAUACUACCAAAACGAGCGAAGUUGUACAAUGAAUUAUUCAAAAAUAAGAAUAUUAGCUCAAUGAGAAGCUACGAUAACUGAAUGAUGCAUGUGGU